AUGUUUGGGGACGACGAACUUUUCGAUGUUUUCGAUAAACCUGCAGAUGGCAGCUCGAAGCCAGCGUCUGAGAAAGGCCCUGGAAAAGAAAGGCGGAAACGGAAUGCCACAAAUGCCGACACGACUGACCCAAAAGGCGGAAAUAGUGUCGCUACUUCCAAUCACAUGGACAUCGAUGGGAACGGGAUAACGAGCCCACAGAAUCUUGAUGCCGCCGGCGACCUUGGAGAACUACCAGAUCAGCCCGCACAGAAGAAACAACGCCGCGAAUCCAUACCUGACCCUGUAAUAACCGAUUCUUUCGAAACUGAACAGCAAAGAGAAGUCGCAGCAUCAGCUGGUCUAACAUCUCAAUCCGUCGAAGGUGCUGCCGUUGUUCUGUCACAUCAAGUGCGCCAUCAAGUCGCACUGCCGCCCGAUUACCCUUAUGUCCCUAUAUCGGAACACAAAUCACCAGAGAACCCUGCGCGGAAGUACUCCUUCAAACUCGACCCUUUCCAGGCUGUUUCAAUAGCAUCAAUUGAACGAGGGGAGAGUGUUUUGGUCAGUGCUCAUACUAGUGCUGGAAAGACCGUCGUCGCCGAAUACGCCAUCGCUCAGAGUCUUAAAAACAACCAGAGGGUCAUUUACACAAGUCCGAUAAAAGCCCUGAGCAACCAAAAAUACAGGGAAUUUAGCCAGGAGUUUGGCGAUGUCGGCCUCAUGACAGGCGAUGUCACAAUCAACCCGUCCGCGACAUGUCUCGUCAUGACAACAGAAAUUCUCAGGUCGAUGCUGUACCGUGGAUCCGAAAUCAUGAGAGAAGUUGCUUGGGUGGUCUUUGACGAGAUUCAUUACAUGAGAGACAAGGUCAGAGGCGUGGUCUGGGAAGAAACGAUCAUUCUGCUUCCAGACAAGGUCCGCUACGUUUUUUUAUCUGCUACCAUACCCAAUGCCAUGCAAUUCGCAGAGUGGAUAUGCAAAACCCAUGUACAACCAUGCCACGUUGUGUAUACAGACUUUCGGCCAACACCACUUCAACACUACCUUUUCCCAGCCGGGGCUGACGGAAUCCACCUAGUAGUGGACGAGAAGGGCGUCUUCCGAGAAGAUAACUUCCAAAAAGCUAUGACUUCCUUGUUGGACAAGAUGGGCGAUGACCCUGCAAACCCAAACGGACGACGCGGAGGCCCAGGGAAAAAGAAGUGGCAGACCAACAAAGGUGGAAACAAGGGGCCUAAUGAUAUCUAUAAAAUCGUGAAGAUGAUUAUGAUCAAAAAUUACAAUCCGGUCAUCGUCUUCAGCUUCAGUAAAAGGGAAUGUGAGAACCACGCUCUCCAGAUGAGUAAGCUCGCAUUCAACGAUGAGGACGAGAAAGAACUGGUAGGCCGCGUUUUUGAAAAUGCCAUCAGCUCGCUUUCAGACGAGGAUAAAGAAUUGUCACAGAUUCAACAUAUUUUACCUCUUCUCCGCCGAGGCAUCGGAAUCCAUCAUUCGGGAUUGCUGCCGAUUUUGAAAGAAGUCAUAGAAAUCCUUUUUCAGGAAGGCCUGAUAAAAGUCUUGUUUGCGACAGAAACAUUCUCAAUUGGGUUGAACAUGCCGGCUAAAACUGUUGUGUUUACUUCUCUCAGAAAAUUCGAUGGUAUUGCGCAGAGAUGGGUAUCUCCUUCAGAGUUCAUACAAAUGUCUGGCCGAGCUGGGCGUCGCGGCUUGGAUGACCGCGGUAUCGUCAUCUGUAUGAUCGACGAGAAAAUUGAACCUAAUACCGCGAGAGAUAUCGUCAAGGGAGAACAGGACAAACUCAACUCAGCCUUUUAUCUGGGGUAUAACAUGAUUCUUAACCUCAUGAGGGUUGAGGGUAUUUCGCCAGAGUACAUGUUGGAACGCUGUUUCUUCCAAUUCCAAAACACGGCUAAUGCAUCUGGGCUAGAAAAAGAACUCCAAGAAAUCGAUGCUGAAAGGCAUGCGAUCCAGAUUGAGGACGAAGGAACCAUACGAGAAUAUUUCGACCUACGCCAGCAACUAGACACGUAUGGGCAGCAAAUGCGAGAUGUCGUCAACCAUCCCAACUAUUGCCUACAAUUUAUGCAACCGGGGCGCCUAGUUCGUGUAAAACAUAAGGGUGUGGACUUCGGGUGGGGCGCAGUGGUCAAUUAUUCUAAAAGAAUAAAGGGAAAGAAUGCCACCGAGGAUUUCUCGGCCCAGGAAUCUUACAUUGUGGAUGUUCUCCUAAACAUUGCAGAAGGCCGAACUACAAACUUCUCGAAUUCUGCUGGACUGCCCGAUGGUGUCUAUCCACCCGGAGAAGACGAACGAGGAGUAAUGGAAGUUGUUCCGGUUGUCCUGUCCUGUCUGGACGGGAUCGGCCACAUUCGAAUUUUCCUCCCCAAAGAUCUCAAAGCAGCAGAACAGAGGACCAGCGUGCAAAAGUCAAUCGAAGAGGUGAAAAGAAGAUUCCCGGAUGGAAUUGCUCUCCUCGACCCCAUUGAGAAUAUGCAAAUCACAGAAGAGUCUUUUAAGAAGCUUAUGAGGAAAAUCGAAGUUUUAGAGUCGAAGCUUCUCUCAAACCCGUUGCAUAGUUCCCCAAGACUAAAGGAGCUUUACACUAAAUAUUCUCAUAAGGUCGAGCUCACAACCAAGAUAAAAACGCUCCGAAAAACCAUCCAAUCUGCACAUUCAGUGAUGCAGCUAGAUGAAUUGAAAUAUAGGAAACGGGUCCUACGACGCCUAGGCUUUAUCUCAGAGAACGACAUCAUUCAAUUGAAAGCGAGGGUUGCAUGUGAAAUUAGCAGUGCCGACGAACUGCUUCUCAGCGAGCUUAUGUUCAAUCGGAUGUUCAACGAGCUGACGCCGGAACAAUGCGCAGCAGUUCUAAGCUGCGUCGUAUUUGAUGAAAAGUCUAAUAACAAGGAUGCAAAUAAUAAACCAGCGAUGAAGGAUCAGCUGGCAAAGCCUUACCGUGCUCUAAUAGAACAAGCCCGCAUAAUAGCCAAGAUUGCAAUUGAGAGCAAACUUCAGGUUAACGAAGAGGAGUAUAUUAAGGCGAUCACUUCUGACCUCAUGGAAGUCGUAUUUGCAUGGACACAAGGGGCUUCGUUUGCAACAAUUUGUAAAAUGACGGAUGUGUAUGAAGGUAGCUUAAUACGCAUGUUCCGAAGAUUGGAAGAGUUACUGCUGCAAAUGGUAGCCGCUGCUAAAGUGAUGGGCAGCGAAGAGCUCGAAAAAAAAUUCGAAGCGGCAUUAGCUCUAAUUAAAAGAGAUAUUGUUGCGGCUCAGUCCCUUUACCUUUGA